CGGAAUCCAAGAGUCACAGUACAACUGAUCAAAUCAUUACGUUUGGCAAUACUACAUACAAAGAGAAACAAAAUGAGAACUCUUGUCGUUGCUUGUGUAUUAAUUAUUUUUGAUUCUAGAUGUUAGUUUAUGCCGCCGAAAGCAUAAGCAAAACCGAAAACAGCUUAAACGAUAUCAAGUUAAUGAUCGAAGGCCUAAACGGAACGCAGUUAAGAGAGCUUAUAAGAAACUGUGGAAAGAAAGAGAUUGAAAUGAUGAGUGAUGAGGAACUGGCCAAGUGUAUCUGCGAAGUGGGCACAGCACUCGGAGCGAUAAAAGAAAAUACAAUCUACAUUUUAAAGAUUUUAAGAAUGUGUGACACUUGCAUCACCCUUCUGACCAAUAAAGUGAAGUGCAACGAUAAUACUUGGCACUGCUACAAAAAAGUUGAAAACAUGCAAAUUCAACCAUUGAAUCAAUUAUUCAAUAGCCCGCAUAACAAAACUGCAGACUUCUGUACUUGCGUAGUCGAGCGUAAAACAUUGGAUAUGGUCGAUAAAUGAGAAAUAAUAAAGAAAAUUGCGAUAUAUAAAUACGAAUUCUCUGUUAAACGGAAUAGCAAAUACUGUAGUAAACUUUAGAAAGAUUAUGUUUCGUUAGAAUUUUCAAAUUUUGUAUUAUUAUUAUAACUGAAAUUUAGAUUAAAAUUGUACAAGUUGUACAAUUGUAAAUUAUACCAAAUAAAGAAUAUUCCUGCAACUUAAAAUUGACUAAUACAAUUUUUUAUUAUUUAUAUUAAUUGUUGUAGGUCGAAUUUAGUUUUUAGGGAGCAUUACUUUUAUUACACAACUCACUGUAAUUAUUCUGUCCAAAUAGAACCCUGCACAUUUUAUAUAGAAAUUGUUCCAAUUAAAUUCGCUAAAACUGAAAUAUAGUAAUUUAGAUGAUGUUGAUAAAAAAACUCCAAGAGCACAGAGUCCGAAAAUCAAAACUAUAAAAAAUAGAUUGAAUUGGAAGUGAGUGUCUUUGGAGUUAAAAAAAUGCCGGUUUUUGAAUGUAAGUUAAUAUUCCCGAUAAAUAAGUAUGAAGUUUUAUUGCAACUAGCUAUAAAAAUUAUUCUAAACAUAUAAUGUAUUAAAAUGUUAUAUUCAGAUAUUAUAUGAUACUAAUUUGCUGCGUAUAUUUUAUUACCACGUUUAUAUGUGCUUUAAAUAAAAGCCUUCUUGACAAUGUGCGCAUGCUUACAAAUGAUGUGAUAUUACGUGCUAUAAUUCAAAAUCCGAGUAUUACCAUAAGCACGGCUAUUAAAACUUGUAUUACUAAUUAUUGUGGCUCGUGCCCAUUUUUUAAAUGCAUUUAUAUGUGUGAAAACAUGGCGAAAUAAAGAUAAUUGUAAGAUAAUUAACUA